CUGGGCCGGAGUAUCAAAGAUUUUUUUUCUUCUCCCUCUUUUACUUCCGAUCUUCUCCAUCUUUCCCUCCUUAUAUGAUAUCAUAUGAUGCGCUGCCUUCGAUCGAGUCGUCUCAAGUCGGCGACUAUUCCAAAACUCUGUAUUUCAAGAUCGAAGUUUGAGACGAAAUCGUCAAUGGCGCCUCCAAUCCUUUCACUCGUGCUUCCAUCUGAAACGGGUCGCGUUCUCAGCAUCCAAUCUCACACCGUACAGGGAUAUGUUGGCAACAAAUCAGCAGUCUUUCCUCUCCAACUUCUGGGCUAUGAUGUGGAUCCAAUCAACUCAGUGCAGUUCUCUAACCACACAGGAUAUCCUACGUUUAAAGGCCAGGUUCUGAACGGUCAACAACUUUGGGAUCUUAUAGAAGGCCUUGAAGCAAACAAUUUACUAUACUACACUCAUUUGUUGACCGGUUAUAUUGGUUCUGUUUCAUUUUUGGACACCGUAUUGCAGGUUGUGGAUAAGCUGCGCUCGGUUAAUCCACAGCUUACAUAUGUUUGUGAUCCAGUCAUGGGCGAUGAAGGAAAAUUGUAUGUCCCGCCUGAGCUAGUUAAUGUAUAUCGGCAAAAGGUUGUCCCAGUGGCUUCAAUGUUGACACCUAACCAAUUUGAAGCGGAACAGUUGACAGGGUUUAGGAUUAAUUCUGAAAGUGAUGGCUUGAAAGCUUGCAACCUUCUUCAUGCCACUGGGCCUUCAAAGGUAGUGAUAACAAGUGUUCAUGUAGAAGACAGCUUUGUCCUCAUUGGUAGUCAUCAGAAAGUAAAUGGUCAGCCACCUGAGCAAUUCAAGAUCUUGAUACCCAAAAUACCUGCAUAUUUUACAGGGACAGGUGAUCUAAUGACUGCACUUUUACUAGGAUGGAGCAAUAAAUAUCCGGAUAACCUUGACAAAGCAUCAGAGCUUGCUGUGUCAAGUCUGCAGGCACUGCUCCAAAGAACAGUAGCGGAUUACAGAAGUGCGGGAUUCGAUCCUCAAUCGAGCAGUCUAGAGAUCCGAUUGAUUCAGAGCCUGGACGACAUCCGCAACCCACAGGUCAAUUACAAGGCUGUGAAAUAUAAUUAAGAGCGAGAGAUGCUGGUCAAUUUAAGUAGUAAACUGAAAGAGAAAAAAAGAAGCAAAAAGGGCAUGUCUUUAAAUUAAAAGAUUAUCUUACUACUGUUCUUGAAUAAAUGAUUGAAUUUACAGACCA